AGCAGUGACCCCAGAUUGCUUUUCCUUUCGGAGGUGCGGUUUCCAGAUGGUCAAGAACAGGCAGACUCCAGCCUACACACACCAACGCAGCUGAACUUUUAAGUGGUGCCUUUUUCAGACUCUCCAGCUCUCAGCCUUGCCAAAUACGAUUCAUUUCAACAACAAGCCUUUUCCAACUAAAUCUACACACCUCAAAGGAACGCUGAGUUUAAGAGAUGUCACCCGCUGGAAAAGCAUAAGAGGAUGCAGCUGUUUUUCCAGAGGAGCGUCUCAGAAGAUCUUAAGGAGAGCAUUCAGUAGCUGACAAGGAGCUGAGAGAGCAUGUAGGCUGUCAUUUUUAGAAGGAACCAAGGCUUUUUCCAAUGCAUCAUUGCUUGUCUUGCUCAGGAUGUCUAUCAUGUUUGGGAAAGCAAGGACGUGCAGCAUUGUUCCUGAACACGAACCUGCAGAGUGCAAUAUUGUAGUUCUGGGAGCGAUGGGCUCAGGCAAAUCAGCUCUCACUGUGAAGUUCCUCACGAAGCGUUUUAUUAGUGAAUACGACCCAAACCUCGAAGACACUUAUUCCUCAGAGGAAAUAGUGGACCAGCAACCAGUUCUCGUCAAAGUAAUGGACACAGCGGACCAGGAUGGUCCAGUGAACUGUGAUCGCUACUUGGCCUGGGCCAGUGCAUUUCUCAUUGUCUACAGCAUUGAUAACAGGCUCAGUUUCGAAGUAUGUCAACAGUAUGUGGAAGCCGUGACACUGUACACCAAAGGCCUGCAGCCUGAGGCUCCCAUCAUUUUAGUAGGCAACAAAGUGGACAUGGAGAGAUACAGACAAGUGAACAAGGCGGAUGGUGUGACCUUGGCUGCCCGUUUCGGUUGCUUGUUUUUCGAAGUGUCUGCCUGCUUGGACUUUGUGUCUGUGCAAAAUGUCUUCUACGAAGCCGUCCGGGAGGUGAGGCGUGAGGCAGAGAGGAGUCUUUCACUCCGGCCUCUUUACAUCAGUGAAGACAAAGCACCAAUCAGCCUCUCCUCUGCCUCGCUUCUCUCACCCUGCUAUAAGGAGCUGCCCACUCCGGCCACAGCCAAGCUGGUGACUGUAAAGUCCUCGAGGGCCCAGAGCAAGCGCAGAGCACCAACACUCACCCUACUCAAAGGCUUCAAGAUCUUUUGAUUCAACACUGCCCCCUUAUGGUAGGAGAUGCUGGGAGAUACAGACUCGAGGAUGCUUGUUGGAUGACAUGCUAAGAGGAUAACUUGAGAGCACAAAGCUUUUCCGUCAUAUACAGAGAGAGGCUUUAAAAACUGUGAUAUUGAACAACAUUAGGGUCAUUUCUAAUAAAUUUUAUGCUGUUUUACGGUUUAGGCACCAUAUUCUGAUUGCAUUAGCAUAGUAAAAUGCAUUAUUCAGUACAUUAUGCAAUAUAUAUUUAAUUUGAAAUGAAUGAUGGUACUUUGGCCUGAGGACGAAGAACUGUGUGAAAUGCAUUUUAUAUCACAAAUAUAAUGGUCAAGUGGUCAAGUGCUAAAUAUAAUGGUCAAGUCCAUGUGCAAUGGUAAAGUCCAUGUGCCUGAUUUGAUAAAUGCCAAAAAUCAGGAUAUUUUAUUUGUCAGGUCAGAUUUAAUAAUUGUAAAUUAGACAUGCUUGGCAUCUAACAUUUGCUUGGAGUCAAGAAAGCAUCCUGUAAGACAAGACAACCAAGCCACCAGUGUGUUAGCUAAGUAAACCCGAGAAGGAUUAAUCCCAAUUCAAUCCUGAGCUUGGGUUACUGUCUGUAUGGAGUUUCAUAUGUCCUCCUUAUGUCUGUGUUAAAUUCCUCUGCAUUCUUUUGUUUCUUUCCACCUUUGAUAUGAAGUGCUCGGUGAAUUGGUGACUGUAAAUCACCUCUAAGUGUGAAUGCUGUGCUGUAGUGGACAUGAUCAAGCCCAGUGUUCCCAGCACAGACUCUGGACCCAUGACCAUGACCAGAAUAAAGCAGUUACUGAAGAUAAAUGAAUGAAUGAAUGAAUGAAUUAAUUAAUUAAUUAAUGAAAAUUAUACCACCAUAUGGUAUAAAAAUGAUACCACCAUAUGGUAUAAUUUUGCUGAUUUUUAUAGAUUGUUUCAAGAAGGACUAGAUGUGUGCAAAGACAGGUAUCAACAAUGUGUCAUUAUAUACUUGUGGAAAAUAAUUAUAUUUUGCUCUGAAUAUCUCCAGUGCAAAUCUAAAAAAGAAAAACCUGAAAAGGUCUUGGCUGAUUGGCAUCCAGUUUUUAAUGCAACUAAUGGUAACCAUAAUAUCUUGAAAAGCUGCAUUUUAUUUGCACACAGUGUGUGUAAAUGAUUAACAUUCCCCUUUUUGCAGAUGGAUCAGAUGCAAAAGCACCUCUGUAUGGGUGAGGAAAUUAAAUAUAAGUCAAGCUUGUUUUUAUUGUUUCUUGUUUGUAUUUUUGUUACUCUGUUCAUUGAAAAGAGCAGUGUACAGUCUACAUUUCUAUCAUAGAUGGUCAGGACAUGACAGAUUUUAAUUCAUUUUAGAGUUUGACCUCAAAAGCUACUUCUCAUAUCUUGUAUCUAAAUUGUGUUCAUGAUUUAGUCAUCAGUCAGAUAUGAAAAUUUAUGAUACAUUUCAUUAUAUUUUAUAUUCAGUAUAAUACUUGCUACUGAUAUUGUCUCUAGUCUAUCAUAAAUCAUACCUAGAAUAUAAAGCAACUUAAAAGAUCUUUUCAAAAACACUGAAAUGUAUAUUGCAGAUCCUAUUGUGUAAAUACUCUUGAAGGCAAAAAGAGGAUAAAUCUUUCCUGUUAGAGCUAUAUUGCCAGAUCUGUGCAUUAAUCUAAAACAAAAAAAUAAUUUUACAGUUACUGUGGAUUCCAGUAAUUAAACGUGAUUUAUAGAUAAGCAGUAUUUUUUAAUUUUGGUAGGUUGACACACGUGUAUUUACAGGAUGGCAUUAAACCUCAUUUCAUUUUUUUUUCACAUCACAACAAAUAAUUCCCAGUAUCUCUCAUUCAUGGUUAGUAUAUCUUUGGACAUAUAUGCAUUAAUAUAUUGUCAAUGUCAGUCUCAGUGCUGAAAUAUUCCUCCAUGGCACAGUUUAGUGUUUUCACUGAUGCAUUUCAACAGAUUCAACUUGUUUAACUAACUCACCCCAAGCCCUGUUUUUCGGUCCACCGUUACCUUAAGCAAGCUAUUAGCACUUUAUCAACCAAGACUAACAUUUUGUCUUGAUAAAUUUAGAAAAAAGUGACCAUCAAAUACCUUCAACAUGACCUUGACAGUUUCAAAGCCAAGUUUUUAAAAAUUACUUGCAGAGUUAUGUCUUUAUGUAGAUCAACUGAACACAGUAAAGAAAUAAAGAAACCUAACUUAUGUUCGUUCUAACCACAGCACAUGCCAAAUUACUUUAUUCCUCUCAUCCCACAGAAAUUUGCCAAAUAUUAUGUUUGUUUUUGUA